AUGCCUCAAGCGAGGAAUGCUGGAAGCCAUGCAGUUUUCCCAGUGCCUUUGCAGUGCCUCGCCAUUGCGGCGGCCAGCGUUGCUUUCAGGGAGGUCUCACAGGGAUGGUUGUAUCCACACCUCCAUUUCGGUCGACCAACGUCCCUGUCCCGUGCGACUCGCAAGCCCAGCGCUGGCUUCGUCCGCUCUUCGCGAAGAGCUUCGCAGCAGGACUCUGCGCCGAACUUGUGGCGAGAGGCACCGGAGGAAGCGUUAAAAGACGCUUUGGCGGAAGCUGACGCCAAGUGGCUCCUCCUUCAAACCGAGGCAGAUGCCACCUCGACUGACAGGGGUGCCGCUGAGCAGCGCUGCUGGAGAGCAGCCGCGCUCAUGGCAGCCAGUGCCCUAGACAGGCUGCGCCCAUACACGAUCCCCGCCGUCUACGUGGACAUACCACCCCUUCGUGGUGCAGAGGACGCUUUGCUUGCCUUCCUUGGGCCGGAGGUAUUGCGGCUGGUCUUCAAUUUUCUCUCUGAGGUCGAGCAGCUGUCGAGUGCCGGCAGAGCCUUCUGGCAGGCGGAGCUGUACCUGCGAGAGUUGGAUGCCGUCGCCGGCGACACGGAGGUGAAGGAGGCAGCGGCGGAGGCACAGGAGAAGGUGGAGGCUGAGCCAGAGGAGAUGCAGAAGGCGCUGCGAGGGAGCGUCCUGCUUGCACGGCAAAACUACAUCUCGGCGGCUCGCUUUGGCUACUUCCUGCGCAGGGGGCUGCAACGCCUGGAGCUAGAAAAGUCUUUGGGCCAAGGUUCGGCAACAAGCCUGUCCGAUUGGAUGGAGAGGCUCGCAGCUGCGGAUGCAGUGGAGCUGGCGCGGGCGGCCACACGGGAAGCCCAGAGAGCUGUGCAACAUCAAGCCACUGAGCUUUUCGGCAGCGAGGUCAAGCUCAUGAGGCAGCUGGACUACGGGCCCAAGGCCGUGGACCAGCUGCAGCUCUCAGGCGAGGGUCUACGCCGACUGAAGUUGGAGGCAGCGGCCUUUGGAGCUGCUCUCUUCGAUGCGGAGGCUGCUGCGGCAAGGCGCUACAAGAUGAGUUUGCACAAAUGGGCGCAAACACACCUCUUCGCCUUGGCACUCACUUUCCGGAGACCUCUGGGCGACGAUCUGGGUCCUUGGGGUCCAUGGGCUCAGACAGAAGGCGAGGAAUGGCGGUCCAGGCAUCUCUGCUGGGGCGGUGUGUCCCCGCCCGCACAUGCGCUGGGGACAGUCUUUGAAGUGCCUGCGGAGGAGAUCAGCUGUGAGUUUCGCAACAUCUGCUACCGCCCCGGAAGUGAGGAGUUCAUUUAUUCCGAGGACGAGGAGAUGCGACCGCCCCCAGUCAGCAUUUGGAGCGGUAGCGCCGAGACAAACUUUGGCGGCUACGACCCUCCCCGCAAGAUCCUGCCCAUACGGGUGGAGAAGGAGAGCAUGGAGUCAGAAAGGCCGCGCCGUGUGCUGACGGUGCCGACAUACGUGAUCCUUCGCGGCGACAGCUCCAACUGGGGACACAUGAUCAACGAGAUGAUGCUACCACUGACUGUGCUCAUUUCACAAACCGAGGGCGAUAUCAGGGGCGAGACAAACGGCCGCGUGGUCUUCUUCCUUGAUGACUGCGACCCGCUGAGCAUCUACAACAGCCCUCCAGCCAUGCCCAAGAUCAUCAAUAACACACAGAGGCGGAACUGCGAGCGCAUCAGCGACAUGCUAAUCUCAAUAGUCUCCGACUGGCCCUGGCUCGAUCUGGAGCGCCUGGGUAUGGAGGAACUGUGCUUCUCACGACUGGUUGCAGGUUCUGGUCGCUUCGGCCUCUUUUCCGGUUAUGGCAAAGAUGGGAAGUUGAGUGGUUUGCAUCACGACGUGAUCGCCAGCGGCCUCUUCGGCACCCACAUGCGCCUUUUGCGGGAUUGGGCCUACUCCCGACUUCUCGGAACCACCGCAGGCAGCGCACGAAGCCGGGCCGGCGGAGCGGCUCUAGGCUUCGCUUUGAAACCCAAAGGAGUCCGCAGAGCCGUGGCGAACGGAGAGGAAGUGAAAGUUUGGCUUCGGGACUGGGCAGAGACGAAGAAUCUCGAGUACCUGGAGUUGCGGCUUUGGACCCUCAGCCUUGAGCAGCAGUUGCAGGUCCUGCAGAGAAUGCACGUCUGGGUGACGCACGGGGGAUCCACGCAUACCGCCAGCAGCAUCUUCCUGCCGGAUUGGGCCAGCGUCGUUGUGAUACCUCAGUGUGGCGGGUGCAAGCCAACGGAAGACAUCCAACAAGAGUGCAGCGAAGACAGUCUGUAUUCAAGACCCUGCUCUGUUGAAGAAAUGACCUUUGACCAUGUGUGGCCACGCCCGUUGCUGAAGAUCCUUUGGUAUCCGGCAAGUUUGCAGGACACGAAAGAGCGUGUCGGGCACCUGGAUUUGAAGAUGCGCCACGAGCUGCUGAUGGCAGUGCUGGAGAAGGCAACUUUGGGGCAGUAG